UUGCCCAUUUUUCUUUUUCCGAUUGCAUCCACACCACUAUUUAUUUGAUUUCUCAAGGAAAAAAACAACAGUAUUCUUUAUGUAAUGUGAUCGGCGGAACAACCUAUCGAAGAAACCCAAACCCAAGUAAUUCAGGAUUCGGACGCCGAUUUAGGGCUGGGGCUACUUUCCGAAUCAAUUCUUCAUCUAGGGUUAUAGUUUGAUGUGUUUUCUUGGUGAAUUUCCGGAGCAGCAAGGUUGGAUUUUGUAGGGUAUGGCUCCCGGACGGAGGCGUGCUGCGAAGGGAGCGAAGAAGACAGCUAACUUGAGUUUAGGCGAUCUCGUGCUCGCCAAGGUCAAGGGUUUUCCGGCCUGGCCUGCCAAGGUUGGCAGACCUGAAGACUGGCAUCGCGUUCCUGAUCCUAAGAAGUACUUUGUCCAGUUUUUUGGUACAAAUGAGAUAGCUUUUGUUGCUCCUGGUGAUAUCCAGGCCUUCACAACUGAAGCCAAAGAUAGAUUGUCUGCCAGAUGUCAGGGAAAGACUGUCAAGUAUUUUGCCCAAGCUGUUAAGGACAUCAGUGCUGAAUUUGAAGCUUUGCAGAAUAAAAGAUCAACUAGUACAAAAGAUGAUGACAAUGAAGAAAAUCCGGCAUCAGAGACGCACUCUGAUCCAGUUGUAAAUGAAGCCUCAGGUGAAACCCAAGGGACAGAUAGUACAAAGCGUUCCUCAUCGGACGAUGCGACCAAUAGCCUUUCUCCAAGUCCAUCUUUGGGAAACAGGAACAAGCCUACAAAUUCCAAUGAUCCAGUGGAUUCAGUGUCAGGAUCUAGCCCAUCUAAUCUGGCUGGUGAUGAGGAAACUUAUAGUGACAAAGACAAAGACAAGGAUGAGAGUUCUCAUGUCCAGAGUGAUUUGACUAAUGGCCACGAGACAAAACUGGAAGUAGAGCAAAGAAGAAAGAACAAGGGUAUGUUACGCAGGAACCCCAACACCAACUCUUCUCAAGGGAAAAAUACUGAUGAAGUAUCAAAAAAGAUUUCUCCUGGUGGCAACAUGAAGUUGUCAAAAAAGAAGUCUCCUGGUGGCAAAAUGACACUGCCAAUAAAGAAUUCUCCUGAAGGCAACUUGAAGGUGUCAUCAAAUUCGAAAGUAGGUGUAGAAGUUGGCAGCAAUAGGAAAGGGAAAAGCGUCCUGAAGCAGAAAAGGAAUUCUGUAGCAGUGGAUGAUGAUCAAGUCAAUUCUGAAAGUAAAGAAAUUAGAUCCCGAAAAAAGAUAAAGAUCCAACAUGACCAUGAAAAACAAAUUUCUCGGAAAUUUUCUGAUGUGACUGAUGAUUUAAGGACGCAAAGUGCCCAAUCAAGCAGAAAAAAUGAUUCCAAAGGUUCUCUCCAUCUGGAUGACAAAGCGAGUGAUUUGGAUCCUAAAAGGCUAAGGUUGGGUGGGAAGGAUGAGGCUCAACAGCCCAGAGCGCAAAAGAAUAUUGACGAGUCAAGUGAUUCCAGUGGUGAAGAUGAUUUCCCUCCAUUAAAGCGUCAUCGACAAGCACCAGAAUUGUCCAGCUCAGUUAUUUCUGAAAAUAAACUGCGAAGUUCGAUAUUGCAUAAAAAGAUCCCAGGAAAACCUAACAAAAUUUUAUCUCCUGAUAUGCAGCGGCCAACCAGGCGAAGAGCUGUCCGCAUAUGUGAUGAUGAUGACGAUGAAUUACCUAAAACUCCAAUUCAUGGAAGAUCAACCCAUAAGGCUUCUGAUAUUCCUCCCAUGUCGGAUUUCAAAAAGAAGAGUACCAAUACUAAUGCUAAAUUAGUUUCAGGAAAUAUGGGCAGUGCUGACAGUGUUUUAAAAGAACAGGAACAAUCUUCUCUAAUACCCAAUAAAACUUCAUUACCAACUGCCCGGCAAGAUAUCGAGAAGCGUGCUAGAGAAUCAUCUAUUCAACAAGCAUCUCCUUGCCUAUCCCUGCGAGACACUGAGAAAUCAACCUUAAUUGAUACGAAACCAGUUGUAGUUUCCCCGAAAGGGUCUCCUCGAUCUAAUACCACCGCAAAACCAUUAGCGGAACCUCAAAAACAGCAUGUUGCAAAGGCACAUGGCAGCAGUUCUCAGAAAAAGGUUGUGACGGUCCCUGACAGGAGCCGUACCACAGCGCCUAAGAAGUUGGGGGUAUCUCAAAAUCAUUCAAUGAAUGAGAAAAGCAAGCUAAAUUCUGCAGAGAGAAGGAAAACGGCACCUAAGGCUGAUUCCCAGGUUAAUGGCCCUAUUCUAGUGGUUGGAAAUCCUGACCAGAGUACCCCACUAGGUGAAAGGUUGAAUGUUGGGAAGGACACAGAAACAGGUUGGCAAGUUAAUUUGAAGAUUACAGACUCUGCCGUGUCCAUGAAGAAUCUUAUUGCUGCAGCUCAGGCCAGAAAGAAGCAAACAAAUUUGCAGAACGCUCGUGGAAAUUCAUUUUCGGUAUUGGUUCCUGAUGCAGACAUGCAUCAGCAAAAUCUGAGCCCUAACCCUGAUACAGAGGCUAUUGAAUCAAGCAACAAGCUUCAGCGGGAUGCAGUGGGAACACAUCUUAGUUCUCCUUCUGAUACCCACCAAUUUUCAUCUAUUAACGAACAUGACAAUGUAGAACUUGAGGAGAGGAGGCUUAGUUCAAGUCACCAUGCUUCUGGUAGUUCUCUAAGUGGCAGUACCGAUGCUGUUGUAGCUCGUGAUGCUUUUGAAGGGAUGAUAGAAACACUGUCAAGGACCAAAGAGAGUAUUGGCCGUGCAACUCGUCUUGCAAUUGACUGUGCGAAGUAUGGGAUUGCCAAUGAGAUAGUGGAACUUCUUGUUCUGAAGCUGGAAAAUGAGGCAAGUUUGCAUCGGAAAGUGGACCUGUUUUUUCUUGUUGACUCAAUAACUCAAUGCUCUCAUGGUCAGAAAGGAAUUGCUGGGACUGCCUAUAUUCCUAUUGUUCAAGCAGCAUUGCCUCGCCUCAUUGGAGCUGCUGCCCCUUCCGGACAAGGCGCUUUGGAAAAUCGUCGACAAUGUCAUAAGGUUCUGCGAUUGUGGAUUGAGAGAAAAAUAUUACCAGAAUCGGUUCUUCGUCGCUAUGUGGAUGAUAUGGGAGCUGCAAAUGAUGAUGCUUCUUCUGGGCUUUCCCUAAGACGUCCUUCCCGUGUUGAACGCGCUAUUGAUGAUCCUAUUAGAGAAAUGGAAGGCAUGCUUGUUGAUGAGUAUGGCAGCAAUGCUACAUUUCAAUUACCUGGAUUUCUUGCAUCACGGGUUUUUGACGAAGAAGAAGAUGAUGAGGAUAAUAUUCCAACAAAUUUGUGCAAAGAAGUUGGGGAGACAUCAUUUUCUAAGCUCACACCUAGCCGUGAUCCUGAGAACUUGACCAUCUCACCUGUUGAUGGACGCCACCGGAUAUUAGAGGAUGUUGAUGGUGAAUUAGAAAUGGAAGAUGUUUCUGGAAAUCAUAAGUAUGAAAAACCAUUGUUUGGUAGUAGUACCCAUGAAGUUGCAUCACUCGAGCCAAAGUCGGAUGGGAUCCUCGAAUCAGCUUCGACUAUUUCUGAGUUUUUGCCUUCUCCUGAGGGUUCUCCACCAUUGCCACCUGGUUCCCCUCCAGUAACUCCACCUCUACCCACUUCACCACCACCUCCUCUACCCCCAUCAUGUCAGCUACCACCACCUCCUCCUCUACCCUCAUCAUGUCCACUACCACCCCCUCCUCCAUCGUCUCCACCACCACCACCUCCGCCCCCGCCACCACCAUCCUCACAGCAGCACUUGUUUCCUUCACCUGUUGGCCUGUCACCACCAUUUCUCUCAAAUCAACCAUUGCCACCUCAAACUGGGUUGUCUCCAAGUAUGCGUCCGCAACCAUUCCCAGUGUCGAGUUCUCAGUCAUUAGCUUAUCUCCCAACUCCUUUAACACAUGAAAUUGGUGUUGCACCCACUGGAAAUCAAGAUACCCAUAUGACUUCCAAUAUCCGUGGAUCUCAUAUUGAUGCUCCUGCCAGAGGUGAAGUGUUUUCUCAGCAGUCAUCUUUCUAUCCUGCAGCUUCAGUAAGCAAUGGACUAGAACCUACUGGCUAUAAUUCAUCAAGGCCUCUAGAGCAUGGACAAGGUGAUGCAUAUGCUUCCCAAACAUCGCAGCAUAGUCAACCAUUUAUGCCUAGUAGCAGCGAAUCCUUUUCACAGAGACCUUUGCAUUUAGAGCCCCCACCUCAGCGAACAACGAGUCAUUUUUCCUAUUCCAACUUGGUCCAGCAACAACAGUAUCCUCCAUACUCGUUGCUGAAUUUUUCUGAUGGUCCAAGGAGAUAUGCAGGAGUUAAUCCAGCAGGUUAUUAUGUACCACCUUCUGAAAGACCUCCCAUAAGUGCAAUUAAUAUACCACCUCCCGCAGCAAAUAGUGUUCCAGCAUCUAAUCCAAUGCCAGGUAAUGGUGUUCCAUUGAUGACUUACAAACAAGACAUUUCUUCCAUAAAUUGGAGACCAGCAUGAGAGUAAAUUUCUUGGUUUACAUGGCAAAGGCGUACUGAAUUGGCAUCAAUAAUGCUUAAGCGGUCGAUACAGGAAGGAGCACCCCCUUGUGGAGAGAAUCCCCCGGCAGGCUUGUGUAUAUUAGAAAUUUUCCUGACAAAUGCUUCCCCGCACAUUCUUCUAAGUGUAAGCCAUUUUUGCAUAUUCUACUAAUGCUUGUAGUUAUACCGUAUAUCAUAAAAUAUAUACAAAUUUAUGGGGAGUGAAGUUUUGAACUUGAUGAAUGAUGUUUAUAAGUGCUUUUCUGUGUCAAA